AAAAUGACGUCACAAAAUAAUUUUUUAUUCAAUUCUCUCGAAUGCGGAAGUUCUUCAAUUUUAAGUGGAGAAAAUAUCAAUGUGUCCACCAUUACUUCCCGAAACACCUCCUCCUGGCAGAAAAACAUGGAACAAAGAAUACGGAAGCUAGAGGAAAUAUCGGCGCAGAACACUAUACUCCUGGAGCGGAUUAUUGACAUAUUGCAACCGAAGAAGAUUGAUUUAAUGAUAUUUCCUAUUAAAAGCAUAAAUGAUUUAGCAUCUACAGAGUCCUUGCUUUUGAAUAAGCCUGAGGCAGAAAUUGUGGCGUAUCUGAAGCAAAAAUUUUCAAAGAGACCCCUAUCAAAAAUUUUGGAUGAAGUGAUUGCGGAGUCCCUGCUCUUAAAAGUGAAUUGGGAUGGAGCCAAAAAAAAAGUUGCAUUGAAGAAUUAUGCACUUUUCAAUAAAUUUCUUUACGAGGCCUUAAAAGAUGACUACUCAUACCCUGAUUUUGAGGCAAAGAUCAAAAAGGCGUUUCUCAAAUGUAAGGCUCAGUUCUACAGGAACACUUAUAAUAUAAAAAAAAAUAAUAAAUUUCAUGUACAUUCAUUUAAUUAAAAAAUUUUAAUAAAAAACAAUAUUAUAAAAAUUUGUUUUUGUUAAAAUAAUUGCAGGUUGAAAAUAAUAUAGGAUUUAUCAUAGAGAUCUCCUAUAGAAGUAAUCAUAGAGAUGUCCUUUAGGAUUAAUCAUAGAGAUCUCCUAUAGUAGUAAUCAUAGAGAUCUCCUUUAGGAGUAAUCAUAGAGAUCUCCUAUAGCGGUAAUCAUAGAGAUCUCCUAUAUCAGUAAUCAUAGAGAUCUCCUUUAGGAGUAAUCAUAGAGAUCUCCUAUAGCAGUAAUCAUAGAGAUCUCCAUUAGGAGGUUAAAAGGAGUACUCGCGUUCCAAUGACAUGCAAUGUUAAAAACGAGUAUACAAUUUUACGUGUAUUUACACACG